CUUACACUUCAAUCCCGCAAAGACUUCAGAUCGUACAAUCUCGAAAUCUGUCCUGGAAAUCAUGUCGUCCCCCAAGAAAGUCGUGAAGAAGAAGGCUCCGGCCGCCCACCCUGCCUCCAGUGUGAUGGUUACUACAGCCGUCACCACCUUGAAGGAGCGCAAUGGUUCCUCCCUGGCUGCCAUCAAGAAGUUCUGCGCAGCCAACUACAAGUUUGAUGUGGAGAAGAAGGCCUUUGUCCUCAGGCGUGCCGUGAAGACACUGGUUGAGAAGGGCACCCUCAUCCAGACCAAGGGCAAGGGCGCCUCAGGCUCCUUCAAGCUGAAUGUCGCUGCAAAGAAGGCUGCCGUGAAGAAACCCAAGGCGAAGAAGCCAGCGGCAAAGAAACCCAAGGCGAAGAAGGUGAAGAAGUCACCAAAGAAGGCCGCGAAGAAGCCGGCAAAGAAGACGAAAUCACCGAAAAAGGCAAAGAAGCCAGCAGCGAAGAAGGCCAAGAAACCAGCUGCCAAGAAGGCGAAGAAGCCGGCAGCCAAGAAAGCCAAACCCGCCAAGAAGGCCGCCAAGCCCAAGAAGAAGUAAUUUAUUUACUGCAUCGACUCACCGGCCCUUUUCAGGGCCACCCAUCCACUCAAAAAAGAGCUGUACCACA